CAGAAACCUUGUGCCACCUCAAGCUCACCAACCUCUCCAGCAUUACACUCGAACUCCAUCUCGUCAAUAAUUCAAAGAGCUGUUCCUCGUAUGAACCGGGCGUCCAUUCGUAUUGCACAGUCGGCCUGUCGCCCACUUAAACCUGGCGGGAGCUUUUUUCUUUCUUUUUUUCUUGUCCCCGGGUUCUCAAUGAGGCGCUUUACUGCAGUUGCUUCUUCCAUCAGGAUCGGUAGGACGUACAAUGAUGCCAUCGACCUGCUCAACACGCUGCAGACGCCCUUCGCCGUGGCCCAGGCCCGCGCCAGGGCCGGCACGCUCGAGCAGGCGGCGUCCCUGACCGAGAUGAGGGAGUGUUUGGGCCGCAUCGGCCACUCGCCGCGGGACCUGGACCGCCUCAACAUACUGCACGUCGCCGGCACCAAGGGCAAGGGCACCACCUGCGCCUUUACCGACUCCAUCCUGAACCAGUGCCGCCUCUCCCGCGGCGUCCCGGCCAAGGUCGGCCUGCACACGUCGCCGCACCUGGUGUCGGUCCGCGAGCGGCUCAAGAUCAACUCGGUCCCUGUCUCCGAGGAGGCCUUUGCCCGCUGCUUCUUUGACGUCUGGGACAUGCUGGAGCGCCACCCGUCGCCCUCGCCAUCUCCCCCUUGCUCCGUCGCCGCCACCGCCGCAGCUACCAAGACGGAAGAGGACCGGCGCCGGGACCCGGCGAGCUGGAGCGCGGGCAGCUACGCCGGCAAGCCCGUGUACGGGCGGUUCCUGACCCUCAUGAGCUGGCACCUCUUCCUGGCCGAGGGCGUCGACGUGGCCGUGUACGAGACGGGCAUCGGCGGCGAGUACGACGCCACCAACGCGGUCGAGCGGCCCUGCGCCACCGCCGUCACCGCCCUGGGCGUCGACCACGUCGACCGGCUCGGCGGCACCGUCGCCGAGAUCGCCUGGCACAAGGCCGGCAUCUUCAAGCCCGGCGCGCCCGCCUUCGCUGCGACCGCCCAGCAGCCGCCACACGAUGGCGCCGCGGCCGCGGCCGAGGACGUCCUGCGCCGCCGCGCCGCCGAGAGGCGCGUCUCCAGCUUUGAGAUCCUGGACCCGGACCCCCGCCUCGCUGCCGUUGAUGUUCGCCCGCCCGCCGCCUUCCAGCACAGCAACGCGACGCUGGCCAUCGCCCUGGCCGGGGAGGCCAUGCGGCGGCUGGACCCGGGCUUCUGGGAGAGGGAAUCACUGGGAGACGCCGGGGCGGCCCUGCCUAGGGAGUUUGUCGACGGUAUCGAAAAGGUGGUCUGGCGUGGGCGGUGCGAAGUGAAGCGGGAGGAGGGCGUCCGCUGGCAUUUGGAUGGCGCGCAUACGCUUGACAGCCUGGCUCUCGCUGGGGGAUGGUUUGCCACCGAGGUUGAGAAUCGCCCCGGGCCUCGCCUUCUCAUCUUCAACCAGCAGGCCAGGGCGCAGGCGCACGAGUUCCUCGCUGGGCUUUCCCACGCCGUCAAGUCCAGGGAUGGCAGGGGGUUUGACCAGGUGAUAUUCUGCUCCAACAGGACGCACCCUAGCACGGAUUUCAAGCGAGAAUCAAUCAACCACACAGUCGAUGCUACAGAGGUGGACAAACUCACAAUCCAGCGGGCAUUCGCAACCGAAUGGGCCCGGCUGGACCCGACGUCGACAGUCUCGGUGGUGGGAACCAUACACGAGGCCAUAGAACAGGUGCGCAAAGCCGCCCCGCCCCUACAAAGCCCCAAGGGAGACAGUGACCCUGCAUGUGAAAAGAGAGCACCUGUUCAAGUGCUGGUCACGGGCAGUGUCCAUUUGGUAGGAGGAGUCCUUGGGAUAUUGGAGAAGGCGGAAACCCUUUGAUGGGUAUAAUUCAGAGUCCAAGAAGUGAGACAAAUCAUAGAAAUCCAGAUGAUACCCAAGUAAAGUCGUGUUUAUAGACUUGAUCCAUACG